CUUAGAUUCAAACACACCCACACAGGCCGGACUGUGGCUCACGACACCCAGCUCAUCUUUGGGUCCCUUGGCCCCCAAAGAGAGUCCCUAGGGAGCAGAGAAGGAGAAGGGAAGAGGCAGGAUUUGGCUAACGGAGAAGUCGGCCAUGGGAGAAGCAACUGCCGGAAGAAUGGCAGGCCUAGAAGAGUGGAGGAACAAGGUUUGCCAGGUCUGUGUAAUGGGUACAUUUUUGUAGUUGUUCGAGAAGAAACCUAUUCCUUUGACUAUGCAUUUGGAAAGUUACCAAGUGGUUUACCAAUGCUUUCCAGUUUGCAAAAUAGGGGGGGGGGCGAGGGACAUGGCAGAGGUGUAUAAACUUAUGCACAAUAUGGAUCUGCUGGGGUCAUCCAGUGAAGCCAGCUAUUGGGAGACGCAGGAGAGAAACUCAUUCACACAGCACAUAGUUAACCUAUGGAAUUGGCUCCCACAAGAGCUGGCAAUAACCACCAACUUGUCUGCCUUCAAAAAUGGAUUGGACAAAUUUAUGGAGGGUAAGGCUGUCCAUGGGACGUGGGUGGCACUGUGGGUUAAACCACUGAGCCUAGGGCUUGCCAAUCAGAAGGUCGGCGGUUCGAAUCCCCACAACGGGGUGAGAUCCCGUUGGUCGGUCCCAGCUCUUGCCAACCUAGCAGUUCGAAAGCACGUAAAGUGCAAGUAGAUAAAUAGGGAGCGCUCAAGCGGGAAGGUAAAUGGCGUUUCCGUGCGCUGCUCUGGUUCUCCAGAAGCAGCUUAGUCAUGCUGGCAACAUGACCCAGAAGCUGUACGCUGGCUCCCUCGGCCAGUAAAGCGAAAUGAGCACCGCAACCCCAGAGUCUUCUGCAACUGGACCUAACGGUCAGGGGUUCCCUUUACCUUUAAGGCUGUCCAUGACUACUAGCUGCAAUGGCUGUGAUCUGUCUCCACUGUUGGACGCAGUAUGCCUCUGAAUACCAAUCCUUAGGAACUGCACUUCUAGAAAGUGCUCUUGGGAUCAGGUCCCGCUUUCAGCCUUCCCACUGUGGCAUCUGGUUGGUGGCUGUGAGAACAGGACGCUGGACUAGAUGGGUCUCUGACCUGACCCCACAGCCAGGCUCUUUUUAUGUUCACACUGAGGGCUGCUGCUGCCCCCCAAAGUCUGUCACCUGAGGCGGUUUCCUCAUUUUGCCUAAGGAUAGAGCUGGCUCUGUAUGUCCACACUAUUAUCAUUGUCUCAGCUGAUUCUUCUGCCACUUUCCUUGAUGGCUUCUUGCUUAGAGAUUGCAGUUUUGCUUACUUUUUACCUGUUGGGACCCAAGAAAGUGACUUCUCGGGUGUGCAAAUGUUUGCAGGCGACUGAGCUCAAGCUUCCAACCUGCCGAGACCGUGAGACGUCACACAGAGAGACCCUCACGAGGGUCGCGCCGUCGGGAGAUGCGCUUGUCCACUAUGCAGAUGGACUGACACAGGACACCUUCAAAAUAGUGAGAAAGAAAGCCAUUUCUACCCAUAGGACAUGGUUCCUUAAACCGUAGGCCAUUAAACUGUUGGGCAUUGCUCCUGGAAUACUAAGAAUACAUACACACACUCUCAAGGGAUGGAGGAGAAAUCAGAUUCAGUUCACGUAUCAAGGAGAACGCUGCAGUUUCCAAAACAAUACACAAAGCGAAACAGCUAUCCUUUGAAAUGUGCAGGUCUCUGAACUUUGCAGUGAGGUUCCCCGGCAAAGUACAGUAUACAAAAAUGCAUAGAAUAGUAAAGUGUGCAUAAGCAUGCAUAUAUUAGUGAAUAAAGCCAGUGUGUGGUAAUGCUUUGGUGAUCACUUGUAGCCGAAUAAGAUUGUCUUCCAUAAAUACAGUUUUAACAGUGAAUCUGUAAGGGACUGUGGAGGCCAGUUCUGGAUCCACACGUCCUUCCACAGUGGGGACAUUGGUUUCCAGGCGAGAUUUGAUCACGGUGUGGGUUUGCCAAACGUGCCUUCCUCUUACCUCAUUUCUCUCUUGCGUCCUGAGUUCGAGUGUCUUCAAAGCCCAUGACACCUUUGGUAAAGGCUGUUCUCCAACUGGAGCGCUCACAGGCCAGUGUUUCCCAGUUGUCAGUGUUUAUACUACAAUUUUUAAAGAUUUGCCUUGAGAGAGUCUUUAAAUCUUAUUUUGACCACCAGCAUUACGCUUUCAAUUUUUAAGUUCAGAAUAGAGUAGUUGCUUUGGAAGACGAUAAUCAGGCAUCCAAACAACAUGACCAGUCCAACGAAGUUGAUGGUGAAGAAUCAUUGCUUCGACACAGGUGAUAUUUGCUUCUUCCAGUACACUGACAUUAGUUUGCCUGUGUGGAAAUGGUCAGAGUGUCGGACUAAGACCUGAGAGACCAGGGUUUGAAUCCCCACUCUGUCCCCAGUCACUGUCCUUAGCUUAACCUUCCUCACAGGGUUGCUGUGAGGAUUAAAUGAGGAGGAGGUGAACUGUAUACACUGCUUUGAGCACCCUAGGGAAAAAAGGUGGGAUAUAAACGCAACCAACCCACCAAUCAGUAACAUACAAAAUGCAUUAUAACCAGAAAGAUCGCUUUGCAAAAAUCUGCAUAUUAGGCAGAAUUGCAUUACAUACCGAAAUGCGAAAGUUCACAUGCGUUUGCUUUUAAACCACAAAAUAACUUGCGAAUGUUGGGGAAUUGAACUUAAGCCUGGAAAAAACUAAAGCUGACGAAUCUGCCUAUGGCUACAGCCCCCACACCACUUUCUUCUCUCUCCCUCCCCAGUGCAAGGAGUUCCUGAGACCCUUCAAGAAAUGCCUGCGGAAGCUGAAUUUGCCGAAAGAUUUCCCGAAGGAGAAGAGGCUGAGCUGCACCCGGAAGAACCUGACCAUCCUGGGGGACCAUAUCAACAUGUUCCUUCAGCACUACUGCAAGACCUGGGAGCUGAAGCACUGGAAGAAGUAAGGGGGCCCUUCCACAGAAUGAGGCUGCGCAACAGCAUCCCAAAGCUCAAUGCCCAGAACCUUCCCUGAAGAGCAGCACUCCUUUAAGGGACGGAGGAUAUAUAGUGGUACCUUGGGUUACAGACGCUUCAGGUUACAGACACUUCAGGUUACAGACUCUGCUAACCCAGAAAUAGUACCUCGGGUUAAGAACUUUGCUUCAGGAUGAGAACAGAAAUCGUGCUCUGGCGGCGCGGCAGCAGCAGGAGGCCCCAUUAGCUAAAGUGGCACCUCAGGUUAAGAACAGUUUCAGGUUAAGAACGGACCUCCGUAACGAAUUAAGUUAUUAACCCGAGGUACCACUGUAUUGCAACGAUUCCCUCUGGUAUAUAUUAUUACCAAAGACAUUCCCUUGCUUGGAAGUAGCUUCUGUACAGAGCCUGUGUUCUUUGUGAUGAAAUAGAGUUAACAAAAAAUGUCAUGGCACCUCCAUAACCUGCGUUUAUUUGCAACAUACCAGCAGACUCCUAAGGCAGGUAGCAUUACUGCUAGUCCUGAAUCAAUUCCCCAAGGAACAACUGUACCCAGUGCUUUUUUUCUUAAAAAAAUGUUUAGGGGUACUCUAAUUUUCCCACUCAUAUUGAAAUACUGCCCCUCAAUGAGGCCAAACUUAGAUUCACAAAAUGUUUAGGGGUAUGCGUACCCCUGUGUGCCCCCAGAAAAAAGCACUGACUGUACCCCUCUGCUACUGGAGGGGACCCUUUCCCUGCUUUUUGCCCCCUAUCAAAACUGCUUCUUUCUGUAUCUUUUGUAUUUAAAGUACAGACUUAUUGAGGUCAUAUGGAAAUAUACUUUAAUUUAUUUUGCAUAUGACCAAAUCCUCAGUUGUUCUGAACUACUGAAGGAUGGGGGGGGCACUUUACGAUUUAAUAAAUAAGAGCUAUAAUUCAUUGUGAGGAGGGAGGCAAUUAUUUAUUUCAUGUUUGCCUCACCCAUUACAAUUUAAUCACCAGCACCAUGAUAGCUUUUUUUUUUUUUUAAGAUUUUAGCUCUCAGCUUCAUUGAUUAAAAUUGGCCCUCAAUGAUUAAAAUUUGGCUCUCCUCGCUGAGGCUCUUUUAAAUCUGUCUGUUUACAAAGAUCCAGGCUGUGUAGGUGGGAAGCAAGCAAGGUAAGUAAUACAAGACUUAACAAGGUAAUCCUGUAGGCAUCUGCUCAGAUGUAAACCCCAUAGCAUUAAUGGUGCAAGAUUCAUGAAAUUAGCCCGUUAGGUCUCAGGUCAUCCCCUCCACCUUAGAAAAAGUUGCAUGCUUUACAGGUUUGUCAGGCAGAGUCCAAAGCAAAAUUCUAGCAAGAAUCUCUUUAGUUAUCUGUAUAGGAGCCAAGAGCAAAUGUUUAUUUUUCGUUACCGGAAUACUUAAGGAUCCAAGAGGGUUGAAAGAAUUCCAAUUGCCCAGCUCUCUGCAAGCAGAUAAUAAGAUAAUCUAUUUUUCUUUCUUUCUUCUAAAGCUGUUUACCGUACUCUCCAAAUAGGGCUGUGAAAGGGCAGAAGUGGGUGAUUUACAAGGACAAUGGCAGAAUGCUAUGGCAGUGCAAAAACCCAGAUGGUUCAAUACUGGCAGUAGUUCAAUAUCUUGUUAAGCAGGGAAGGGCUGUUAAGUAUCAUUGAAGUCUGUCAAGACAUACCAUACUGCUCAUGAAAAGUAGCUAAUCAAAGGCCGAUUUCAAUAAUUGAUUUGGUUUAAUCAAUUGGGCCACCAGGAGGCCAAAGGCUCCUGUAUCUAUCAACUCUCUUUAAUACUUCUGUAAGACAAGCAACCAGGGAUGGGGGGAGAAAAUUGAUUAAGGUCACUUUUUAAAGGCGAACCUUUAUAAAUCUGUACUUCCCAGAACACUGCAAGAACCAAAGCUGCCAUCGUUUGAAAUUUGCACUUCUCCAAAUUUUGUAGCACACUUUUCGAGCCAUGUAACAUGUACAAAAUUGCAUACGCUAGGGCAAAACGUUUACAAAAAAAUGCAUGUUUUAGUAAAACAAAUAACUAAAGAAAUCUAUAAUGUUAUUUCAGAGCUAGCCGCUGUUCACACCAUACCUUUAAAGCACUAUGAUACCACUUUAAGGGGCCAUCGCUUCCCCCAAAGAAUUCUGGGAGCUGUAGUUUGAUAAAGGUGCUGAGAGAUGCCCUCUCCCGGCCUACAAGUCCCAGAGUUCCCUUUGAAGAGGGACAGAUUGUUAAACCACUCUGGGAACUGCAGCUCUUUCCGUAUGAACACAGAAAGCUGACUUAUACAGAGUCAGACUGUUUGUCCACCUAGUUCAUUGUUGUCUACACUGACUGGCAGCAGCUCUCUGGGGUUGCAGACAGGGGACUCUCCCAGCCCUUCCAGGAGAUGCCAUUACAGAUUGAACCUGGGGUCUUCUGCAGGCAAGGCAGGUGCUCUGCCCCUGAGCCAUGUCCCCUGGCCUUUAGCCUUUAGCUCUCUUUGCAACCGUCUCGCUUUCUGGCACCAUUCUCUGUCCCACGUUCCACGCAACAGUGACGUGUUUAAGUUCCCUCUCUCCUCCCACUUUGCCGCCUGCUCUAGGAUGCUUUGGAGGUUUGUCUCCCUCUUCUCAGCACUCGACGAGAAGCAGCUGUGCAGAUUGUACCGCUACAGCAAGACCGACCAAAUGGCCAAGUUCCUGGUAAGAGCGAUGCUCCCUUUGACACGGCAGAGAAAGCAGUGGAGGGUGGCAAUAGGCAGCUGGGUAGCAGGGCAACAUCCAGACUACCAUGGAGGCGCAGGUCAAUUUUGUGUCCAGGGCAGCUGUUUACCAGCUCCAUCUGGUACGCAGGCUGAGACCCUACCUGCCCGCGGACUGUCUGGCCAGAGUGGCACAUGCUCUAGUUAUCUCCCGCUUGGAAACUACAACUAAUCCAGAAUGUGGCAGAUAGACUGGUGACUGGGAGCGGCCACCAAGACCACAUAACACCGGUCUUGAAAGAUGUACAUUGGCUCCCAGUACGUUUCCAAGCACAAUUCAAAUUGUUGGUGCUGAUCUUUAAAGCCCUAAACGGCCUUAGCCCAGUAUACCUGAAGGAACGUCUCCACCCCCAUCGUUCUGCCUGGACACUGAGGUCCAGCUCCGAGGAGGGCCUUCUGGCGGUUUCCUCACUGCGAGAAGUGACAUUGCAGGGAACCAGGCAGAGGGCCUUCUUGGUAGUGGCACCUGCCCUGUGGAACACCCUCCCACCAGAUGUCAAAGAGAACAACAACUACCAGACUUUUAGAAGACAUCUGAAGGCAGCCCUGUUUAGGGUAGCUUUUAAUUGUUUAACAGACCACUGUAUUUUAAUAUUUUGUUGGAAGCCGCCCAGAGUGGCUGGGGAAACCCAGCUAGAUGGGCGGGAUAUAAAUAAUAAAUUAUUAUUAUAUUAUUACUAUGUUUUCCCACCCUGCCUCAAACAAAAUUUGAAUCUCUCACUGAAAGUAGAUUUCUUCUCUAGCCAGAGCAUUGGCAGAUCAUAGAAUCAUAGACUUGGAAAGGACCCUGAGGAUCACCUAGCCCAAAGCAGGAGCACGCAGCUGCCCCAUAUGGGUAUCCAACCUGCAACCUUGGCCUCAUCAGUACCACGCUCUAACCAACAGAGCUAUCCCGGCUGAAGUGGUCCAGAGAGAGGCGGGGACAGGAAGCAAGAGGCCAUAUCAGCACCACACAUUUAAAGUUUUCAUAUGCCACUGUAACAGCCGUGGCUUCCUCCAAAGAAGAACCAAAAUCUUAUCAAGGGCACUAGGAGUUGUUAGGUAUCGCAGCCAUCACUGGCCAAGCUUGCUAGGCUGAUAGAAGCUGUAGGUCAGCAGCGCCUGGCAGGCCAAAGGUCCCCAGUGCCUCCUGCAGUUGAGCCCUACAUUGCAGAUCCUGCAUUGAGUAGGGGUUGAACCAGAUUACCUGCAGGAUCCUACCAUCUCUCUCUCUCUCCCCACACUCACCCACUUUUAUUAUUAUAAGCUCCUUUGGGGGCAAUAAAGAGGCAAUAGGACUGUUCAGAGGCAGUCUCUCUCAUGCACCAGGUGCUGUGGCCAAGAGCUGUUACCGUCCUACAGUGCUUGCCCCUGUUGGAAGCAGAAUACUGGGCCCAGAUGGGCCUUUAGGUUGACCUAGCAAGGCAACGUGUUCAAUAACACCUCUCUCAGAGGUGUGGGGGCUAUCGGAUAGCACCAAAGAGAUCCUUGGCAAAUGCCCCAGUGUUGCCAGUAUAUUAACUCGAUCUUUUUAUGAGUUUUUAUUAAGGCUGGGAGAUGAGCGGGACAGACUGAGUCAUCACUGCUUUGUUGAAAUCCCUGCUAUGAUCGAUGGUGUUCUGUGCUGCUCAGGGCUUGCUAAUGUGUGAUUUCCCAGCCCCAUGAAAAAAGAGAGUUAGCAGAGGAGGUUUUCUUCUGGAAAAUUAAAGACGUCACAAGGAUCUAAAUCAAGCAGAAAGGCUACUGAAUAACAGGCUGCAUUUAAAUAACUUUAAUGGUGCUCAAAGCAUGUUUUUUCCUAGUGGACAGUCUGCUUGUGCCAGCUGUUGGGGCAGUGAGCAUGGCUGCCUUUGGGUCAAGCCAGGAAUGUUGCAGAGUCAGACUAUUGGUCCACCUAGCUCAGUAAUGUCUACACUGACUGGCAGCAGCUCUCCAGGGUUACCAGGCAAGAGCUUACCCCAGCCCUGCCUGGAGAUGCUAGAGACCUUCUGCAUGCAAAGCAGAUGAUCUGUCCACUGAGCUACAACCUUUCUCCUAUUCCUGCUGCUAACCUAGUUAGGGCUGAACUGUCAACAGUUGUAAAGUUUAGCUGAACUUUCUGGGCUGGGUAAAAAGUGCAAAACCACGUCCUCAUGAAUCUUUGGAGAGGGGGUAAUUUGAGGUGGGGGUGAGGCAUUCACUGGAGCUUUGCACAGCUGCAAACAUCCACCUGACAAAGGGCCUCGUAGGCUUUGCAUUUAAAUUGCAGCUUUUCCAUAAUGAUUCACUGAGAAAGCCAUAGCAGCACCCAGUGGUUGUGCCACUUUAUAAAGAAGUUGGCCAUGCCUGAACGCUUCCAGCUUUGUCCUGUAUUCUACUAUUUCUGCACCGUUAUUUAACAAUGGAGAUGUAUAUCUGGGUGCUAUACAAUGGGAGCAGUCGAUCGUGUGAGAGCUCUUUUUGAGCGUUGAAAGAUGACACUUGUCCUCCGUUCCAGCGCUGCAUUUUUGAAGUGCUGCAAGCCACCGAACGGGACAUUCUCAAGUGUGUGGUUUGAUGCUUCACAGCUUAAUUUAGGCCAGGAAUCCUCACGUAGUAGAGUCAGAGGCGACCAGUCCUGUGUUGGUUUUGUGCAUGUCUUCGUAUUUCAUUCCAGAAAGCUUAUUGCCGGUUGGAAAGUCCCGAUAUGGUUGUUCUGCCUGACUGUGGCAAGCUGAUGAAGCUGCGUGAUACCUGGGGCCUCCAAGGCGGUGCAAAGAUGCAGGGGAAAUUAAAACAGGUGUGCUCACUGUCACGAGACUCUGACCUGCCUCCGGGAAGUACGUCAAAGAAGAGGUGAGUGAGGAGCAUCAACUGUGCUCAGAUUGGUAGGGGUGCGCAGGGGGCGUCUAAUGAAAUCCAUAAUUCUCACCACUGACUAGAGAUGGAUGGAUCUGUCAUUUUCAGCUGCGUUUCUCGUUUUCAGUUCUCUACAUCCCUGCAGCAGUUUGAGAAUUGAAAAGAAUAAUCCUGAUGUUUAUCUGCAUUUCAGUGCAAAUUUCUCCUAACAGGGCGAGGGAAGGAUUGCAGAAGGGCUGUAACUCAGUGCUAGAGCACAGGCUUUUGCGGUCAAGUGGCCCCAGGGUUGAUUCCUGGUAUUUCCAGGAAGGAGUAAGAAUGUCUAUCCAAAACCCUGGAGAGCCCCUGCCAGUCAGUGUUGACAAUAUUGAGCCUCAUGGAGCAAUGAUCUCAGUAUUAGGCAGCUUCUUACAUUCCUUUACUGGGCAAUUACAAGAAGGAUGGGGAUCUGUGGCCUUCCAGAUGUUGCUGGACUCCCGAUUCCAGCAGGGCCAACGAUCGGGGAUGUUGUGCAUCCUUGCUGGAUAGUUCAGCAACAUCCAUUGGAAAAUGGGUUCCCCAGUGCCCUCUUAGGGAGUUUUUCCACCCUGUCUCUUCAGGCUACACAAGAGGCCCUCAAAGGCAAGAAGGAAGGAAGGUGUCGAUAUCAGUCACCCCACGUACAUGGCUACCAUCUCACCUACCUCUACCAGCAAUGAAGCAGCGAAGCUUUCUCCAGCGGCUGAAAAAACUCCUUUAAAGACUGACCGUUAGCAUGUGCGGCGUUUACCAAGGAGAAUUUGUAGAAAGAGUUUAGCUUUCUGCAAGACGCCUUUUGAGUUAGGCCUCUGCAGAGACUCGAUGUCAACAGCUUAUAUAAAGACCCGCUUCCUGAGAGCA